AUAAUUUUGAUAUAAAGAAGCAAAUGAAGAGUGUACACGAAGAGGAGAAGGUUUUGUAUUCUGAACAGGCUCCCAAUGCUCCAUGAUUAAAAGGAAGAAAGGUGAAUCUCAAGAAAACCAAAAAUCACGUACCAAAAUUCUACAAUAACAGUACAAAAAGCUGAGGAUCAAUUAGCACAGAAACUACCUUAGCACAAGCAUUUGAGUACGAAUUCUUGACCCAAUAUGACCUAGAAUCGAGUUCUUAUGGGAGCUCGAAGAAGAUCCAGGAGAUCUCUAAUGAAGAUCUCAGUAAUGUGGACGACAAGUCUGAGAAAUCUCUCGGUGAUACAAUCACUGAUGACUAUCAAGCGUAUAUUGGUAGGAAAGUAAAUAGUAGUAAAAUAAUCAGUACAUUAAUGGUCACUCCGAAUGAGAAGACUUCGCAUUCCACAAAAUGAAUGCCGAUACUUAAUACUCUGUUCACCUCUUCAAAAGAGGAUGAUAGCCAUAUCUAAUCAUUAUAAUUAUGUUGC